CGUGCAGAAGUCUUUCGGUACUCGAGUCGCGUCUUCAACAUGCAACUGUUCCUUUUACUCCUCCUGGGAGCCCUGGGCUACUCGUUGGCCUAUCCGCGCACCUACAGUUACGAUUAUCCGCGCCGAAGGGCCUAUUCCUCCGGCUCGUAUUCCGGCACCAAUCAAAAUUCCCUGAGCAGUCGCAGGGCGAGGGAGGAGAGCACCACCAAGUCGGACAAGGAGAACGCCAAGUUUGCAGGAGCCGCCAACCAGGAACUGGAUGAAUCUGGCGAUGAACGCACCCUGCUGCUCAAAAAGAAACUCAAGAGGCUGGCACGGCCGUACUUAGGAGGAUAUGGCGGAUUUGGAGGAUACGGUGGAUAUGGGGGCUAUGGAGGAUAUGGCGGAUAUGGGGGCUACGGGGGCAACCCAUGCUACCCCUAUGGUCGCGAUGCCAAGGGCGGUCAGAAGGAUCCCGAUGAGCAGGGUCGCUUCCUGUUCGAUGUGAAUGUGGUGAAAGUCUACCCCGGCGGAUGUCGCGGCUACGGCGGAGGAGGAUUUGGCGGCGGCGGUGGAGGUGGUCUGCUCUCGGAUCCCAUUCCUCCCGUUGCUCCCGUUCCAGUGCCAGUGCCAGUGCGUCCCUAUGCUCCCUUUGCCACCUGGCUGUCGCUCUUUGCUCCUGGCAUCCUGCAAUCCGCCACAGUGCCCGGUGUCCCCCUGCGGGACCCUCUGAGGGAUCCCGUUCGUCCUGCCUCAGCUUCUGGGGAUCUACAGAGCGAUCCUGAAGUGGAUCCCAGCUACGGAGGGGCAGCUGUGCCAGUGCGGCGUCCUGUUCCGAAUCGUGUUUACUAUGAUUCAGCAGGAGCGCCACCUGUGACACCUGCCCAAUUGGUCGGAGGCGUGGCCACAACAGUCAAUGGAAUUAUCCAGCAGCUUACGGGUCAAGUGCAGCCAGUUUACCAGACUGGAGCUUACAGAAGUCAGCGAAGCAGCUACGGAUAG